CCGGCCCUGUUGUCCUCGCUGAUGAAUGUGAUGAAUGUGGUGAAGCGGCUGCAGCUCAGACUCAUCUGCUCUUAGUUUGCAUAGAUACCGGCCUCUGGCUUCCGGACUGUUUUUUUUUUUUUUUUUUUUUUUUUAUAUAACUUGCAGCUCUAAUACAAGUUAACUUUUACUUCCUUGUGCACACACGCGGAUAGAGGAACUGACCGUUUUGCGGCUGGCCUUUUUGUCAACACUCUACAUCCUCUCCGGCUUCAUUUCAUAACCUCCGCAUCAUGAUCAGAUAGAACCGGAGCGGAGUCCUGGACCCAGAGCGAACUUCGGAGCGGACGGUAGGAAGAGAUGGCUCAUUUCGGCCAGCAGGGCGAGAUGACGGAGUACAGGAAGAUUUUGAUCAAGCGGGACCUGGAGAUGGGCGUGGUCAUGACGGUGUUUCGGCAGAAGGCGGAGCGACUCACCGUGCAGGUCAUCAUGGAGACCCAGCAGGUGGCGUGGACGCGCACAGCUGACAAGACCGACGGCGUCCUGGAUCUGUUUGAGAUCCGGGAGAUCCGGGCCGGGAGGAACUCCAAGGACUUUGAGCGUUUUAAAGACGGGAAGGACAAACACGACGAGAACACCUGCUUCACCAUCUUCUACGGGUCCCAGUUCGUCCUCAACACGCUGAGUCUGGGAGCUGAUUCUGUGGACGAGGCUCAGAAGUGGCUGAUAGGACUGGAGCUACUGAGGGAGGAGACGCUGGCGGCUCCGACUCCGGUUCUCAUCGAGAGCUGGCUCAGGAAGCAGAUGUACUCCGUGAACCAGACCAAGACCAACAGCAUCUCCAUCAAAGAGCUGAAGGCUCUGCUUCCUCAGCUCAACUACAAGGCUCCCAGCUCCAGGACCCUCAAAGACAAGAUGCUGGAGGUGGGAGGGAAGAAGGACCGUCUGGACUUUGAGCAGUUUCAUAAAUUCUACAACCUGAUCAUGUUUGAACAGAACGAGAUCCUGGACGAGUUCAAGAAGGAGUCGUGUGCUUUCAUCCUGGGGAACACGGACAAACCCGAAGCCUCGGCCGUUCUGCUGCACGACUUCCAGAGGUUUCUCAUCUACGAGCAAAAGGAGUCCUGGGCCAGUGACCUGAACAAGGUCCGAGAGCUGAUGACCACCUUCAUCGACGACACCAUGAGGAAAACCAACGACCCGGAGUUCACCGUCAGUGAGUUCCUCGGUUUCCUGUUCUCCAAGGAAAACUCCAUCUGGGACGAGAAGUUCUCGGAGAUCGUAGACCUGGACAUGAACAACCCUCUGUCCCAUUAUUGGAUCAGCUCCUCCCACAACACUUACCUGACAGGUGAUCAGAUCCGCAGUGAGUCGUCCACCGAGGCCUACGUCCGCUGUCUGCGUCUGGGAUGUCGCUGCGUUGAACUGGACUGCUGGGAGGGCCCCGGGGAGCCCAUCAUCUACCACGGAUGGACAAGGACGACCAAGAUCAAGUUUGAGGAUGUGGUCAAAGCCAUAAACGAACACGCCUUCGUCACCUCAGAGUACCCGGUGAUCCUGUCCAUCGAGGAGCAUUGUCCCAUAGAGCAGCAGCGUCAGAUGGCUCGUAUCUUCAGAGACGUGUUUGGAGACAAACUGCUGGUGGAUCCCGUGGAGCAAAUGGCCGAGCAGCUGCCUUCACCCACUCAGCUGAAGGGCAAGAUCAUACUCAAGCACAAGAAGCUGAAUGUGGAGGGAGGAGGGACCAGCAAGGACUUCAGGAAGGGCCAGAAACAGGGAGACCUGGAGAUCUGGGACCCUGUGGACCAGAGAUGGAACAAGCACUACUGUGUGAUCUCUGACGACAAGCUGUACUAUGCAGAAGAGUAUGAGGAGGAGGAUGAGGAUCCCAGGAAGUACCAGGACCUGCACAGCUCAGAGCCCUGGUUUCACAACCACCUGAAGGAGGGACGGCAAAUGGCCGAGCGGCUCAUCCAUAAUUACUGUGCAGAGAACGGAGGAAGAGACGGAACCUUCCUGGUCCGACCGAGCGACACCGUCGCCAGAGACUGGACCCUCUCCUUCUGGCGUAACGGGAGGGUCCAGCACUGUCGCAUUCGCUCCGGAUCAGAGGGCGGACACACUUACUUCUACCUGACGCCCAACCUGCACUUCCCCAGCGUCUACACCCUGAUCCAGCACUACAGAGAAUACCCACUGUGCUGCCAGGACUUCGAGCUGCGCCUCAUGGACGCCGUCCCGAAACCAGACCCACACCUGCAAGAAGGGUGGUUCUACAGUAACCUGAGCAGAGGUCAGGCUGAGGAUUAUCUCCUGAGGAUCCCCAGAGACGGAGCGUUCCUCAUCCGUCAGAGAGAAGGAGAACCGGACUCGUUCGCCAUCACAUUCAGAGGCGACGGGAAGGUGAAGCACUGCCGGAUCCAGAAGGAGGGCGGCGUCUACCUGCUGGGAACCACCACCGAGUUCGAGAGCCUGGUGGAGCUGGUCAACUACUUCAGGAAGAAGCCGCUGUAUCGAAAGAUCAAGCUCCGCUACCCGGUCACUCCGGAGCUGGUGGACCGAUUCAUCACGGAGAAAAACUGUGCGUCUCUGUACGAUGUGAAAACGUACGUGGAGCCCAACGAGAUCGAGCCGUCGCUGCCUAAGAACACAGUCAAGGCUCUGUACAGCUACCAGGCCAAGAGACCGGACGAGCUCAGCUUCGUCACCGGGGCCCUGAUACACAACGUGUGCAAGGACAACGACGGCUGGUGGAAAGGCGACUACGGCGGAAAGCUGCAGCUCUUCUUUCCAGCCAACUACGUGGAGCAAGUGUCCAACGACGUCCUCCCCAACAACAGGACUCAGGACAUGGAAGACAACCCGCUGGGUGAACUGUGUAAAGGCAUCGUGGACAUCUCCAAGAGCAACAUCCAGAACUUGAAGAACGGUAAGAACGGGAAACCGCACGUGUUGACUCUGAACAACACGGAGGACGACAGCCUGCAGUUCGACCUGGCUGCAGAUUCUCUGGAGGAGCUGUUCGCCUGGUACCAGGUGGCCUGGGACAUCACGCAGAGAGAGAUGAGCAAACAGUACCACCGGGAACAGGAGAUGAGGCAGCAGGAGGAGGUGGAGAAGAAGGCCGAGGUCGCCAUGGAGAUGUCCGACCUGGUCGUCUACUGUCAGCCUCGCAGCAAAGAGAAGGACCGAUUCGACAGCUACACCUACAAGGAGGUUCGUUCCUUUGUGGAAAACAAGAUGCCUGGAAAGAGUCGCACCAAAGACUUCCUGCGCUACAACCGCAAAGCUCUGAGCCGUAUCUACCCUAAAGGCCAACGCAUGGAGUCCUCAAACUACGACCCCUACCCCAUGUGGGCCGUCGGCUGCCACAUGGUGGCUCUGAACUUCCAGACUGCAGAUAAAUACACCCAGCUGAACAGCGCCCUCUUCAGUCUGAACGGACGUACGGGGUAUGUGCUGCAGCCGGAGGCCAUGCGUGACGACAGCUACGAGCCUCAACAGGAGAAGAAGAAAAUCAAGUACAACAUAGUGGUCAGGGUGAUCGCUGCCAGACACCUUCCUCGACCCGGACGCAGCAUCGCCAGCCCGUUCGUGGAGAUCGAGCUGUGUGGACACACGGAAGAGAAGUACAAGACCAUCGUCUAUCGUGAUAAUGGUCUGAACCCGGUGUGGAAAGCCCCGGCUGAGCCUGUCAUGUUCAGCGUCUACGAGCCUGAACUCACGUUCCUGCGCUUUGUGGUCAACGAGGAGGACAUGUUCUCAGACCCGAACUUCCUGGCUCAGGCUACGUUUCCUGUCAAAGGCAUCCGCUCAGGCUACCGCUCCAUCCCCCUAAAGAACGGCUACAGUGAGAACCUGGAGCUGGCCUCUCUGCUGGUCUACAUCAGCAUCCAGCAGGCGGGGAAAGCCGAGGAGGCGCUGUACUCGUCCUACAGGGACCUGAAGAAACAGACCGAGGUCUGCGAACCGUUCCUCUACGACACGCACACCAACAUCCAGCGGUCGGCUCCGCCCCGGCAACAAGGCCACCUCACCAGGGAGUACAGCGACAGGAGCAGGACAAAAGAGAAGAAGAUAAACAACAGUAAGUUUUAUUCCUGAGGACUCAUCUGUCUGAGCAGCGGACUACAAACCUGAUGUCACCCCUGAGGUUCUCCAGAUGUUUUCAAUCCAAUGUUACCCAAAACAGUUUUCUAUUUAUUUAAGAUGAAUAAAAUAUAUAUCUGUGGUCUUAUUAUUUUCUCUGAUUCUGUUGAAAGGCCUUCUGGGAAAUGUAGGAAACCUUUAAUGUGAACUCAGACAGCGAAGCGUUAAGUCUGUCAUCAAACUGAUGGUAUUUAUUUAGUUAAAAGCUAAAGAGCUGAAUUCAUCUUAAUCAGAAACGGUGACGCCUGUGUCGACUGUGACGAAACCCACGGCUGUUUUACUCUUUUUAUUUUAUUUUUUGCAGUGUGACAUUGUUUCCUCUCUAAUGUUUGUGUGAGACGGUGAAAUCAGAAUAAUGAAACGUUAAUCAAACAGAACUUUUGCUCUUUCUCAUGUGGAGUCGGUUGAUGUUUGUAAUUCCUGUGUGACUUCCUGAUUAAUUGGAUCAAUAAAGUGUGCUUGGUAUUAGGAAACACUUCA